GUGUGGAACUUAAAAUGACAACAAUUUAUUUGCGUUCAUGAGGAAGGCAUCUUCAAAAGCUCUUUUUCCCUUUCCCAUUUCCCUCCAAACUCAAUAUACAUUCUCGUUCUUUACCACCACCGCCGCCGCCGCCACCGCCGCCACCUCAGCAGAUUCGUUCAUCGCCUUGUGUACCAAAGGCAACCUCAAGCAAGCCUUCACUACCCACCACUCGCUUAUUUUGUCCGACCCAUCUCUCUUCUCCCACCUCCUCAAAGCAUGCAUCGAACGCCGCUCUCUUUCGCUGGCCCAACAGCUCCACUGCAUCAUCCUCGCCGCCGGCUGGUCAAAUCUCAAGUUCGUAUCAAACCACCUGGUGAACGCUUAUUCCAAAUUAGGCCAUAUGGGUACAGCUCUGAAGGUGUUCGAUAAAAUGUCUGACAGAAAUGUCAUGUCCCAUAAUAUCUUGAUUGGUGGAUACAUUCAAAACGGCCAAUUGUGUGCCGCAAUCGAGGUUUUUAAGAAAAUGGGUCGGAGGAAUUCGGCCACCUGGAAUGCAAUCAUCACGGGUUUGAUCGUGUCCGAGUUUAACGAGGAUGCAUUGAGAAUGUUCGCGAAAAUGCACGCAGAUGGGUUUUCACCGGACGCAUACACACUCGGGAGUGUGCUGAGGGGAUGUGCAGGAUUGAAAGACUUGAUCAAGGGAAAACAAGUUCACGGCUACGUGAUGGGAGCGGGUCUAGAGUUUGAUUUAGUCGUAGGAAAUUCGGUGGCACACGUGUAUAUGAACUGCGGUUGUUUGAGCGACGGUGAAAGAAUAAUUCUUUCGAUGCCAGUUCACAAUAUCGUUUCUUGUAAUACACUUAUUGCUGGGCGAGUGCAGAAUGGGUGCCCCACGGGUGCAUUGGAUCAUUACCGCGUGAUGAAAGUAUCCGGAAUUCGGCCCGACAAAAUAACUUUCGUGAGUGUAAUCACUUCUUGUUCUGAGCUAUCGACUCUCGGGCAAGGUCAGCAGAUUCAUGCAGAGGUUGUAAGAGCAGGGGCAACUUCAGUUGCCUCUGUUAUUAGUUCACUAAUUAGUAUGUAUUCGCGUUGUGGAUGCUUAGACGAUGCAGUGAAAGUCUUUGAGGAAAGGGCAGUAUCGGAAGAUGAUGUUGUAUUGUGGAGUUCGAUGAUUUCCGCGUACGGGUUCCAUGGAAAAGGAGAGGAGGCAAUUGACCUAUUUAACAGAAUGGAGAUUGAUGGAUUUAAACCGAACGAAGUAACUUUCUUGAGCUUACUCUAUUCGUGUAGUCACUGUGGAUUGAAAGAUAAAGGGCUCGAAUUUUUCGAUUUGAUGGUGAAAAAAUACGGAUUGAAGCCUCAGGUGAAACACUAUACGUGUGUGGUUGAUCUCCUAGGGAGAACAGGUCGUUUGGACGAAGCAGAACGUUUUAUCAGAUCCAUGCCUAUUAAACCCGAUACAAUUACAUGGAAGACUUUGCUAUCGGCUUGUAAAACACAUAAAAACGUGGAAAUGGCUAAAAGGAUAGCCGAGGAGAUUUUGAGAAUCGACCCUCGAGAUUCAGCUUCUUAUGUGCUCCUUUCGAACACGCAAGCCUCUGCGAAAAGAUGGGAUGAGGUUUCGGAAGUUAGAAAAACGAUGAGGAAAAUGAUGGUGAAGAAAGAGCCUGGAAUAAGCUGGUUCGAAUUGAAGAACCGGGUUUACCAUUUUACGAUGGGGGAUAAUAAAUCGAACCCGCAGUCGGAGGAAAUUGAUAUAUAUUUGAAAGAACUGAUGAAUGAAGUGAGAUUGUGCGGGUAUGUGACGGAUACGGGCGCUUCGUUGCAUGAUAUGGAUAUGGAGGAGAAGGAAUAUAACUUGGUGCAUCAUAGUGAGAAAUUGGCUGUUGCGUUUGCUCUGAUGAAUACGCCGGACGGUGUCCCGAUUAGGAUUAUGAAGAAUUUGCGUAUCUGCGACGAUUGUCAUGUUGCUAUGAAGUGUAUUUCCGUGGUGAGAAAUCGAGAAAUUGUUGUGAGGGAUUCGAGUAGGUUUCAUCAUUUCAAGAAUGGGAAGUGUUCGUGUGGAGAUUACUGGUGAUCUGAGUCGGUGCUAAUCGAAUUACUAAUCUCUGAGUAUACACUGCGAUUUUGCUGAAUUGUACAAUUGGUUUUGCUUGGUAUACUGUUUUUCUUUUUUUAAUUUAAUGUAAAUUAACCUUUUUUAUGCAUAAUUAUUAAAAAGGUUUUAGUU